CUUGGCAUAACUCGCUCGUUCGUACACGAGAAGUCGAGAACAAGCAUCCAUCCUAGCUCACUCUUCCACCUGUCUUUCUCAGCCUCUCUCUAUUCCUCUUCACUCUCUCGAAUAGAUAGAGAGACCCGAGGUAGAGCAAGACCUCGAUCAACGAGUGAAGCAAAGGGCAGCAUGAUGCACCGGCUUGUCGUCGAAGCUAGGAGAAGAGCAGCCCCGGUGGCGAUGGCCGCCGGCGGGGUGGCGGGCGGCGAGCGGUGGAUGUCGUCGUCGGCAGCCAGCAAAGGAAGGCUAGUAGGGAAGAUUGCGCUGAUCACCGGAGGCGCGAGCGGGCUGGGCAAGGCCGCGGCCCGCGAGUUCAUCGAGGAAGGCGCGGGGGCCGUAGUCCUCGCGGACAUCAACUCCAAGCUGGGCCUCGAGACGGCCCACGAGCUGGGCCCGGACGCCCACUUCGUGCACUGCGACGUGGCCGUCGAGGACAGCGUCGCCGCGGCCGUGGACGCCGCCGUGGCGCGCCACGGCCGGCUGGACGUCAUGCUCAACAGCGCCGGCGUAGUGGGCCCGCUGACCCCAGGCACGUCGCGGGUCGCCAGCCUGGACCUGGCGCAGUUCGACUCCGUCAUGUCCGUGAACGUGCGCGGGACGCUGGCCGGGAUCAAGCACGCCGCGCGCGCCAUGCUGGCGGCGGCGCCCGCGGGGGCAGGAGGAGGAGGAGGAGGAGCAGGAGGGUCGAUCCUCUGCAUGGCGAGCGUCAGCGGCAUCCUCGGCGGGCUGGGCACGUACCCGUACUCGGUGUCCAAGUUCGCCAUCGCGGGGAUCGUCAAGGCCGCGGCGGCCGAGCUGUCGCGCCUCGGCGUCCGCGUCAACUGCAUCUCGCCGUACGCGGUGCCCACGCCGAUGGUGCUGGGCCAGUUCUCCGCGAUGCUGGGCGGGGCAGCCGACGAGGCGCAGGUGGCGGCCAUCGUCAGGGGCCUCGGGGAGCUCAGGGGCGCCACCUGCGAGGCCGUCGACAUCGCCAGGGCCGCCGUGUACCUGGCCUCCGACGACGCCAAGUACGUGUCUGGCCACAACCUUGUGGUCGACGGUGGCUUCACGAGCUACAAGCACAUGAACCUGCCCUUCCCUACCAAGCCACAUGAGUGACUUAAUUGCCAGAAGCUUGUGAUUCAGGUGUCAUUCUGCUACUGUUUGAUUUGUACAAAACUGCACCUAACCGCGAGGAAGAAGAGAGUGGGAGUUGUUGUC